AUGAGGACCAGUUCCUCCAGAUCUCCACCCAUCUUCAUCUUACUGUGUAUGGCUUUGGAGAGCACAGCCGUCACCACCUCCUCCUCCACCUUCUCCUCCCCGCACCUCCUCCUCCUAUCGUCCUCUCCUACGACGACGACCACCGCCACCAUUACCAACUCUUCUUGCCCCUCCUACUCUUUCAUAAUCACCACCACCGUCAUCAUCAUCACCAUCACAUCGUCACCACAAUUCGACACAUCAAUAGGGGUGCUGGUAUAUGAGGACCAGUUCCUGCAGAUCUCCACCCUCCUCCCAUCUUCCAACGUGUAUGGCUUCGGGGAGCACAGCCACCGUCGCUUCAGACAUGACCUCAACUGGAAGACAUGGGGCAUCUUUACUCGAGAUCUCGGCGUAGGGGGAGAUGAUAACUUGUACGGAGCGCAUCCGUUCCACAUGGUGGUAGAGGAGGAUGGAAAUACACACGGAGUUUUUUUCGUCAAUAGCAACGCCAUGGAGGUUGCCCUUCAACCCACACCUGCUUUGACAUACCGAACAAUAGGCGGCGUCCUUGAUUUCUACGUGUUUUUAGGCCCCACCCCUGAAAAUGUCAUUAGUCAAUAUGGAGAGGUAAUUGGACGGCCUGUAAUGGUACCGUACUGGUCACUCGGGUUCCAGCUUUGUCGAUGGGAUUACGGAUCGCUGGACAGGGUCAAGACUGUAUGGUCAGAAAUGAUCGAGGCGCAGAUCCCUUAUGACAUCCAAUAUGGCGACAUCGACUACAUGUUGGAAAAGAAAGACUUUACCUACGACAAGGAUGGCGCUUACGCUGGUCUUCCUGAGUUCAUCCAGCAGGUCCACGAUCAUGGUCAACAUUACAUCAUCAUUCUCGAUCAUAUCAUAAAGAAGGAAGCGGGAUACCACGCCUAUGACCGUGGUCUCGACCCCAACGUAUAUGUGCUGAAUCCAAACAGAUCUGCCCCUAUCGUCGGAAACGUGUGGCCAGGAGAUAGCGUUUAUCCCGAUUUCUUUAACGAGAAUUCUCAGAAAUAUUGGACGGACCUCUGCAAAGAUUUUCACGACGAAAUUGAAUAUGAUGCGCUCUGGAUCGACAUGAACGAGCCUUCAAAUUUCGUAAAGGGAUCCAUAGAUGGAUGUGAUAAUAAUAGAUGGAACUAUCCCCCUUAUUUACCAAAAAUCACGAUCGAUGAAGGUAAAAUAUUUACCAAGACUCUAUGUAUGGAUGCACGACAUGGCACGGGUGACCAUUACAACCUACACAGCCUCUAUGGUCACACGAUGGGAGUAGGAACAUACGAAGCGCUGAAAACGGUUUUCCCUGAGAAGCGUAGUCUGGUAUUCAGCCGCUCUACCUUUGCCGGUACUGGCAAGGCCGCCCAUCAUUGGCUUGGAGAUAACCAGAGUGUCUGGGGCCAUCUGCAUUGGGGUAUUACAGGUAUGCUGGAAUUCAACAUGUUUGGAAUGCCAUACAGUGGUGCGGACAUCUGCGGUUUCUGGGGUAACACGACCUAUGAGAUGUGCUGGAGAUGGACCCAGUUAGGAGCGUUCUACCCUUAUUCUAGGAAUCAUAAUGCUAUGGGGUGGUAUCCCCAGCAUCCUCCUGUCUUCGGCGAGGAGUUCGUUGAGAUGACGAAGAACAUCCUAUCAGAAAGAUACCGGCUUCUACCAUUCCUCUACACCCUGUUCUACCAGGCUCAUGUAGACAGCUCUACUGUAGUGAGGGCGCUCGUCAACGAGUUCCCAGCCGAUUCCAUGACUUGGGAUGUUGACCGUCAAUUCCUAUGGGGGCCAUCUUUCAUGAUAUCAGCCGUUUUGGAAGAGGGUGUGACAGAAAUUGAUGCCUACAUUCCCCGCGAUGCUCGUUGGUACGACUAUUAUACGGGUGAGGAGAUGGUGAGAGAGAGGGGGCAAGUAGCUACCCUGCCUGCACCCAUGGACACCAUCAACCUGCACGUACGAGGGGGGUAUAUUUUACCUCUUCAGGAACCGGCCAACACCACUGUCUUUAGUCGCUUGAACCCUCUCGCCCUCCUGGUAGCCCUAGAUGAUAACAUGCAAGCAUCGGGUGAUUUCUUCUGGGAUGAUGGUGAAAAGAGAGAAUCUUACGAACGGGGAUUGUAUAGUCUACUAAAAUUUACUGCCACAAAAGCGAAUCUUCAGGGUGAGCUUCGUAUGAUGGUAGAUGUCGCUGGUUACACAGAUCCGAAUGACCUGUACUUCCAUAGCAUCAAGGUCUAUGGUGUAGCAGAUUAUGUGGACGGUGACGUCACUAUACAUCCAGACGGCUCAGCACCGUCCAAGGCUACAGCAGUAGACUACUCUCCUCAAACGAAAGUACUUCACAUCCGGGCUCUGCAGCUUGACAUGAUGACGCCCUUUACAGUUCAGUGGGAUUUGGAAUAAUAAGUUAAACAUGCAAUCAUGAUAUAAAUGAUGAUAAGCUUAAGAAUGAUUUCACUAAAUGUAUCGUGAUGAAUGUAUACGAGAGAGAGAGAGAGAGAGAGAG